ACUUAUAUGCAACCAUUUGACCCAAAAUAAAAAAAAUUUAAAUACAACAAAGAUAAACACUAUUUUGUUACCCAACUAAUAAUACCAUGAUAAUUAUCACGCUUGUCAUAACCUUACAAGAAUACUUUUCUCAGUGUUACUUCCCUUUCAUAAAAUUCGCACAGGGUCUUACAACGCAUCAACCGCGCACGCGUGACAAUAGAAAAGCAUAAAGAGCUCUGAUUCUCAAUAAGAAGCGUGACAAUAGACACCGCCACCAUGGAAGAUAUCCAGGCCAAGGCCGAGGAGCUCCGUCUCCAACUCUCCUCCUUCCACUUCAACUCUGCAGCUCCACCUCCUAACCAAGACUUAUAUAAUAAUAAUACUGAGAACAAUUUUGGUGAUGGCCAAGAAGUGUUCUACGACGACGACGGUUUGCUUUUCAAUAUUGGGUUCGGAAAUGUGAUCGUUGUUGAUAACCUUCCGAUUGUGAAGGCGGAGAUGGCCCAGCAGCUCGAAAGCGAAAUCCGACGAGUGUUUAGUGAAGUUGGUGUUAUUAAAGAAGAUGGGUUUUCGAUGCCUCUUAAUCCCCUGAACCAGAAAACCUUGGGUCGUUGUUUUAUAGAGUUCAGUUCUCGUCAGGAAGCUGAACUUGCUAGGGUCAAGAGAGAUGGAUACAAUUUCAAUACACAAGCGCUGUCAGUAACCCUGUAUGAUGACUUGGACAGGUUCAUUGAUAUCACUGAUGUGGGGACAACACCAGAAACUAAUCCAUCCGCUUGUUUGUCCUCAAGGUAUUCAGGGCCACCAUCCUUACUCAGUCCCUUGAAAGAGGAAGAUGAAGUACCUGGAGAAGAACGUCAAGAAGACCAAGGCACUGAUGAAGGAGCAAGAUUUAGGGGAAGUCACUGAUGAAGAUUCCAAUGAAGGGGAGGGAGACGUGCUGAAAUCAAUUGAAUUUCAAGUGCUGUAAUUUUGAAGAUUACCUCCGGUCCGGAUUUACUUACGAGUGAAUAUACGGAAAUUUUUCAUCCCAUGUUGCUCAACCAACCUCAUACAAUUGCUUUCGUCUGCCAUUUAGUAAAAUGUCUUGCAUUCGUCGACCAAAUCAUCCAACGAAAUCGUCUGGUUGUCAUUGGUGUCAUGAUGAGCCUUUAAAAGUAAUCCAAGAAAAUCACUCCCUUUCAUCUCCAGACAUUGCCUUCUUUUCUCUUUUCUUAACACUCUCUAAGCUUCUCCAUUUCAAUCACAUCGCUGGUUUUAACAACUAAACAUGAGAUCAGAAAUUUUAUCUUUUCUCGUACACGCUUUCAGGAAUUUUUCCUUUUCUAGUACGCGUUUAGGAAUUGGGGGGCCUCGGUUCGCCAAUUCAAAAAGAUUCACAAACGCAGAAGGCCAAGAGGGCAAAAGAGUAAAACAACACAUAAAACCAUUCGAAUAAUCCUACUAGGAAUAGGAAAUAAUUCGAGUAAUCCUACUUGGAAUGGGAAAACCAAAUAAAUCCCUCCCUCGGUCUGUCUAUAAAAGCACAUCUCACCUGCACAUCGUUUCCUCAAAAUUAAAUAUUCUAAACUCCUCUGGAGAUGUCGUGGUGUAUGCAACUGGUGAAGCGUGCUAAUUACAAGGCUACAGUGAGAGAUCCUGGGGCUCUUGGGGUUUUAACUAUGACGGAGAACAAGUUUGUGUUCAGCCCAAACGUUCACAUGUCCACCGCCGCGAAACCGGCGCUCGAUGUGGAGUUCAAACAAAUUACAUGUCUCAAAAACACUAAGGAGGGAGGAGAUAGACCACCUUGGCUUCGUCUCAGUGAGAAGGACAAAACUUACAUCUUUGAGUUUGCAAGUUUUCGUGAUCUUCAUGUAUGCCGAGAGUUUGCAGCCAAUGCGCUUGCUAAGCGUGGAGAAGCUGCAAUACCUCCUUGUUCUUCUGAUGAACAAAUCUGUACAGCAGAAAUAAUGCACCGUAUGAAGUUAUUACAAGAAAGCAGUGAGUUGCACAAACUUCAUAUGCAGUAUGUAAUGAGUGGUGUCCUAACUGAAGCUGAGUUCUGGGCAGCUAGGAACCAGUUUGGUGAUGUAGAUAGCCGUCCAAAGCCAAAGCAACGGGUUGGUUUCAGAAACUCAAUGAUAAUGGACACCAAACCCAUGACGGAUGGCCGGACAAACAAGGUUACUUUUAGUUUGACUGCAGAGAUUAAGUAUCAGAUUUUUGCCCUGAAACCAGCUGUUCAGCAGGCAUUUCUUGCUCUGGUUCCCAGUAAGACUACGGAAAAAAACUUUUGGACGAAGUAUUUCCGAGCUGAAUACCUCCGAAGCACAGGAAAUGCUGCUGCAGCUGAAGCAGAAGCCGCCGAUGAUGAGGAACUGGCAAUGUUUUUGAAGGAGGAUGAGGUAUUGGCAAGGGAAGCUCGUCGAAAGCUUCGACGGGUUGAUCCAACUUUGGACAUGGAAGCUGACCAAGGAGAUGAUUAUACGCACCUUCCAGAUCAUGGGAUAUUCUUUCGGGAUGAGGUGUACAGCAGGAGAAGUACUUUAUCACAAGACCUUAACCGGCAAGGUGCUGUUGUUCUUCAAGGAAGAAGCAUCGUCGAAGUUGAUGAGAGUGGUGUGCAGGGGGGAUUUGGUAGGAUUGCUCGGACGACUGAGAUGGAGGAUCUUCAAGAACCUCACCAUCUUCAUGUUGCUCAAUUAUUAUGCAUGAAGGAUCCUGGAGACUACUUUGACACGCAACAAGCUAAUAAUGCAGUUAAAACUGAGGAAGCAUACGGCUCCUUGAGGCAGUCUAUAUCUAAAAUCAAGAGCAUUGGAUUGGGAAAUUCCACAGUUGCAGCAGAAAUUGCUCUUACGAUUUUUAAUGCAACAUCAUUUUAGUGUUAAUUACCUUGUCCAUUCCUUUUCUGUCAAUAAGGUGUGUUUUCCAACAAAAAAAGAAAGAAAAAUCCAUCUUUCUCUUACCUAGAUUCUAGAGGGUGUACAGGUCCAAAAACCAUGAACACCUCUUAGCUGUACAAUCAACAUACCACAAAGGGAUGAUUGGUGUAUCCAAAAUCAAUGACAUGUACAUCACGUACGAUAUAUUUGCCAAACAGAAAGUAAAAGUAGCAUUAACUAGAGGCAUUCAAAACUUAUAGCAGCAUGCACUUCCCGUUUAAGCUCGAGCAAAGGUUGCUGUCUUGCAUCCUCUUCCUCCACCUCUUCAUCACUCUCAUCCACUGAUUCACCACAAAAUAAUUGUCGGACAGUAUUUAUCACAAUUUUCUCAAGAGAAACAGCAGUCUUUAUCAAGAACAUGACGAUUUUGACAACACUUUGACGACCACGAUACCCUACAAUUUCCACAACUUCCAGGUGAUGAUGGAAACAUGUGUUAGCAGCCUUCUUAAGCUUUACUUCUGGAAAUUUGAAUUGCAUAUCUACACCAACGAAGAAAACUAUCAGGGGUAGGACCACUAAACAAGAAUCAAGCAUCUCUCAACGAAGCAAACCUAAUACAUCUGCUUGUGUGUCCUCAAGGUAUUCAGUCCUUACACAGCCCCUUGAAAGAGGAAGAUGAAGUACUUGGAGAAGAACGCUAAAAAGAC